AUGAACAUGAAGGAAAAAUCUGAAUCUUCUUCUUCAUUGGGCAAUUUUAGUACUCCUCCAAACCCUAGAACCCUCCUGCUCUCCUUCCUCUUCAACGGCUUUAUUACCUUCCUUUUCAACGGCUUUAUUACCUACUCCUCCUCGCAAGAUUUCGAGUUUCUCGGGGAAUCCAAUUUCGGUAUUCAGGUUCGACAAUCAGUUUUGAAGGCAGUUGCUACACCGGAUUCAGCUGUGGCAUUGCCGCUCACUGCAGAAAAUGCUGUAUUGGAUGAAAUUCGGCCAUAUCUCAUUGCAGACGGUGGUAACGUUGCAUUACAUGAAAUUGAUGGAAAUGUUGUAAAGUUGAAGCUACAAGCAGCAUGUGGCUCCUGCCCAAGUUCUGUAACCACGAUGAUAUUGGGGAUUGAGCGGCUUCUGAUGGAAAAGAUAUCUGAAGUUGUUGCUGUUGAGUCAAUACCAGAUGAAGAAACUGGCCUUGAGCUGAAUGAAGAAAACAUAGAGAAGGGUUCUUUACAGACGCUGGAAAGUUGUAGAUUCGUGUAG